GUUCUAUGGUAUUACUUGAAAUCCUUAACAAUAGAAAACCCACAUGAGUCAGUAAGGUCAUCUGAAUCAGUUCAGUGACUAGGGCAACUGCUAAUAUGGAGGACCAUGGACCAGAGGUUACCUUUUUGUUCCAGUUUGGGUUUAUUAGAGAUGCAGUCACUGUUCCACAAAAUACUCUAAACUUAAAAACUAUUAAGGAUUUGGCUUGUGACUUCCUCAAUUCUAAGGUUCCCGAUCAUGGCAUCAAUAAGUUAGAAGAUAGAGUACUCUUGUUCAAACAUGAAUACAACUCAAGUAACAUCCUACAGUUUAUUAAUUCUGCCUCUGAAAUUGUUGAUGAGACUCUUAUUGAAAUUGUUUUGACUGCUAAAGUACCAAACAUGCAACAUUCAGAUGUGACAAUUGUAAGACCGCAUGCUUUGUCAGUGCACUCCUAUAAAACACCAACUUUCUGCGAUUUUUGUGGAGAAAUGCUGUUUGGGUUAGUGAGGCAAGGCUUAAAAUGUGAUGGUUGUGGCCAAAACUACCAUAAAAGGUGCGUAGUUAAGGUGCCAAACAAUUGCUCAUUUGUUUUAUAUAAUGACAACAAAUCUGAGAGGCGAAGGUCAACAAAUCUACAGGUUCCUCGGAGUCCUUCGGGAGGCAGUAAUGCCUCACUGGCAUCCACUGGGGGUAAUUCUACGCAAACUGACGAUUCUGGCUUGCUGUCUCAAAAUUAUCCCUACAACCGCUCCCCAUCAAUAGGAGGCCGCUCGACUUGCCUAGAAAAGGACGCGAGAUACCUACGAAUCCCUCAUACUUUCGUUAUACAUUCAUACACUAGACCUACUGUGUGUCAGUACUGCAAAAAGCUCCUAAAAGGUUUAUUCAAGCAGGGACUGCAGUGCAAGGACUGCAACUAUAAUGCACAUAAAAAGUGCUUGGAGAAGGUACCGAAGGAUUGUACAGGAGAAUUACCAAGAGAAUCUACUGUUCACUUUGAAUACUCUGAAAGUUCGGGCAGCGACAGCCAAACGAAUUUAACGUCUGUAGAUGAUGAAAUUGACCAGGAAAAAAAUUCAUGUUAUAGCCAAGGCAAUGGUUUUAAUGGGAGCAACAAGUUUAUUGAGGUUAUUCCGGUGCAUGAUGAUGACAACGACUUUUCAAACUCAACGUGUAGUUCUUCUUCAUCCCCCAGCGCAAACAUUCCCUUACAACGAAUAGUCCAGUCUGUAAAGCAUACUAAGAGAAGAGGUUCCAAAGUUAUCAAAGAAGGAUGGCUCGUACAUUUUACAAAUAAGGAUAAGACUGUAAGAAGACACUUUUGGCGCCUAGACACUAAAUCCAUAGUUCUCUUUCAAUCGGACAAGAGUUCGAAGUACUAUAAAGAAAUCCCCUUGUCGGAAAUAUUGACCAUUGAUACAGCGAGGAUCAAACAGGGCGAAGCCAUGCACUGCUUCGAAAUUCGCACGGCCAACGUGGAUUAUUUUGUUGGCCAGAAUCCGCUCUAUGAUCUGGGCGAAGGUAAUGGCGUUAAUUUACCACCACCGGACAGUGGAGUCGGGGCAUAUUUGGCAAAAAGUUGGGAAACUAGUAUACGGCAGGCAUUGUUGCCUGUUACGGCCAGCGGUUCCGCAAAAGCCGAUGAUGGACCAAUGCAAAGUGAGGAACAAAUUACUGACAUGAGCCAAAUCUACCAAAUUUAUCCAGAUGAAGUGUUGGGCUCUGGACAGUUUGGCAUAGUUUAUGGAGGGGUGCAUCGAAGGACCGGACGUGCUGUAGCGAUUAAGGUUAUUGACAAAUUAAGGUUCCCGACCAAACAAGAGGCUCAACUGAAAAACGAGGUGGCGAUUCUGCAGAACCUCUCACACCCUGGGGUCGUCAAUUUGGAGCGAAUGUUCGAAACUCCCGAGCGAAUAUUCGUAGUUAUGGAAAAACUAAAAGGAGACAUGCUGGAGAUGAUUUUAUCCCACGAAAAAGGCCGGUUGACUGAACGUGUUACGAAAUUUUUGAUAACACAGAUCUUAAUAGCUCUUAAACACCUGCAUAGCAAAAAUAUAGUGCAUUGCGAUUUGAAGCCGGAAAACGUGUUGCUCAACUCGGACGCCGAGUUUCCGCAAGUUAAACUAUGUGAUUUCGGUUUUGCUAGAAUCAUAGGUGAGAAAUCGUUUAGGAGGUCCGUCGUAGGCACCCCAGCUUAUUUAGCGCCAGAAGUUUUAAGAAAUAAAGGAUACAAUCGAUCAUUGGAUAUGUGGAGCGUGGGGGUGAUUGUAUAUGUAAGUUUAAGCGGGACCUUUCCGUUUAACGAGGAUGAAGACAUCAACGAUCAGAUUCAAAAUGCCGCAUUUAUGUAUCCGCCGAAUCCUUGGAAAGAGAUUUCCUCUGAUGCUAUCGAUCUGAUAAACAAUCUUCUGCAGGUGAAGCAGAGGAAGAGGUAUACAGUGGAUAAGUCUCUCCAGCAUAUUUGGUUACAGGACUAUCAAACUUGGUGUGAUUUACGCUCUCUAGAAAAUCAAAUGAAUGUUAGAUACCUUACACAUGAAUCGGAUGAUGCCCGGUGGGAAAAAUAUCGCACGGAACAAUGACGAGACAAAAGGUGGCUAUACAACGUAAAAAAAUGCUUAAUCGGCAUAAAAUCCUGAUGAAAGGCCGUGAAAGUCUCUCAGGGAUUCAAGGAAUAGUAGCUGAUAAGCUACGUUACGCCACUGGAAUUUAAUUACGUACUGGUUUAAUUAGUUCUUUAUAAACCGAAAUAGGGGCUAUUUUGGACGUGUGACAUAGUUGAUGAUUAUGAUUUUAAAAGCAAUAUAAACAUACGGUAUACGUGCAAUUGGUACAUCGAAACAAGCAAUAGGGUCAAUCUGUGUGAUUUUAAUAACUAUAUCUGACUUUAGUAGAUAUAUGUUGGACAAAAUAGCCCUUUCAUCAAUUUCAAAUUAUAUAUUCAUAAGAUUGCUAAUAUUAUUGGGAGACAUAUUCUAAGACCAGAAUCUCGCCACCCUCUAAUUUAAGGCAAGAUCUACACACUUUAUAAGGUUACGCGGAUAUUUUAGACAAGGGAGAUCUACGAGUACUAUGCUGCCUUGUGUUUUUACAUUUAACUUUUGGGAUAGUCGGGUCGUUUUGUGACACAGCCUUGAAUGGAUUAAGGCAAGUAAGUGUCAAAUUCGAUCGAAUCAAGGUCAUGGACUAAAGUAUGGAAAGAUUUGUUUAUUAUCCAUAUCCUUAAUAUUUUGUUAUAAACACUUAAGUACGAGGGUAAUUACAAUUUAUUUUAACAUUUUUUACAAAACUACCAAAUGCGGAUAUGGUGGUUCUAGGUACUCUUCCAUUUUUUGUUUCUUUAAAUCGUUUUUUGGCGUCUUUAAUGUACUUAAAUCAGCGUUCUUUUAUGCAAAGACAUAAGAAAAAAAAAUUAUCAAUUUCAACCUGUUGUUUCAACUUUAUGUUCUUUUCGAUUGAUAGUCAAAGCCGAGAAAUAAAUUGCUGUUAAGCAACCCAGCUCUAAGAUAACAGAUUGCUCUGUUAUAGUCGAUCACAAGCUCUAGAAAUAUUUUUUUUAAACCCAGCAAACCGGUCGUACACCUAACCUGAUUAAAGAAUAUCACCAUACGAUUUAGAUAAAGUAUAAAUCAUAGCAUCAUCUUUGUAAGAAUUUUAGUUUCAGUACUAUUUUUAUCGAGUGAACUAACGUAAAAAGAUGAAACAACACAGCGCAACAACAGAGAACACUAGCAGUACAUAGCUGCAAACAGUUACACGCCAUUUCUUCAAUUAAAUUUUGCUUUAGUCUAAGUCUAAGCUCUACCUCUUCGCGCUGUUGGAACCAGCGUUCACAGAAGAACAGAGUGUGCUGUGGUGUGUCUCCAGCUCUGCAGUCUUUUUUAUAUGAAAAGUGUAUAAAAUGGUCCAUAAUCUGAGAACCGUGGAGUCAGAUAAUGAUUUGUGGUGCGGUAUUUGUAUUUUAUAAUAAGAUGUCCGAAAUUUUGCCGUUUUUGGCUUUCAAGAAUUUUACUGCGGUUUUGGUCUUUUUAGUUCUUUUCGGUUCCUUUUCAGUGCUCUCUUUGAUUGUUUCUUCGAUCGGGGGGUUUCUAGCGAUAACCUGAUCUGUAGCACUAAAAAUGGCAAUUUGCUCUAUUACCAAAACAGAUAAUAGUUCUUUAUUCUGUAACCAAAUAAAAGAGUUCUUGUUUAGUAUAUUUUUUGGACCAUCAGCGUUUGUCAAUAUUUUCGCAAGUUCAUGUGUCUGCCUUAGUGCUCGCCAUAGUAUAAUGUCUGGCUCAAAUACAUAUUUUAUCCGAUCCUAACUCCUAAGUUAUUUAUGAAAGGUUUAGGUAGUACUGUGGAGUUUCUUAUCUUGAAUUGAAACCUUCCUCUACGAUCCCUUUUUCGAUUCAGAAUAACGGCUUCAGUUUAUUCCGGUGCCAAUUCCAGCUCAUGCUGCCUCACCUCUUUCUCCAUUCUUUGUAAGGCCUAAUUUAUUUCUUCGAUGAGUUUUGAUCGGAUGCUAUACAAAGAUCGACAGUAAAAGGUACAGUAGUGGCAAAAAGUUGAGUAACUUCUGCAAAAUUAAAAUAUAUUUCCUAUUUAUGAUUGAUUUAAACUAUUAGUAACUAUUUUUAAUAAGUUUACCAUUUAAAAACAAAUUAAAAAUAUAUAUAUAUGUUAGCGUUUAUUUAAAACAACACAAAAUUUAUACAAAAAAAAACUAGAUUCUAUUCGUUCUCCGGAUUAUAAAAGAAAUACAGAUUAUGCAAGAUACCGCGCGCUCUGGCAAAGAAAAGAAGACUGUUGUUUUCCUUCCAGCACCCGCUUCUCUACCUAUUCCCCACCAUCGAUCGUAAAUUGGCCGAAUGGCGACGGAGUGGUUCGACGUCGCAGUCGGCCACAAGGACGACGAUCGCCAAAAAUAGCUGAUGGUGCUGAAUAUCCUUUAUCGCUAACACGGCCAUCCUGCUUUGGAACGACCUCGUUCCACCGACUUCUGAAAUUAUAAAUAAACAGACGUUAUCCAUUGCAUAAAAUAAAAUAAAUAAGCAUAAGGGUACUCUCCUCUUAGUUGGUUUAAAAACAAAUUGAAAACACAAGGGUACUCCCCUUUAAUUUGGUACUUCCACCAAAAUUUGAAACAUAAGGGUGCUCCCCUUUAGGUUGGUACUCCCAACAUACCUGUUUCUUAACAUGUAGGCCAUUUUCUUAACUGCUUAUGAGCAGCUACAGUUGUGCGCUUUCCAUUUCGACGCAAAACGUAUCUCUCAUUCGGCAACAGCUUUUGCACUGUAUAGGGGCCAUUAUAUUUUGCUCUUAAUUUCCCCACUGCUGCAGAUUGCGAGUCCUCAACGGCCACUAAAUCUCCUUCACUGAAUAACUCUGGUACGUAUCUGCUUAUAUCAAAUAGUGCGGCACUUUUUUCUUGGGCUUCAAACAUCUUAUUUUGAGCCGUUUCUCGAAGUUUCCCAUGAUCUGCCUGACAUCUCUGUAUAGGUAAUACAUCUUUUAAAAAUAAUUCUGUAGAUUAUAAUCUCGGAUUCUCUCCAAAAUGUAAUAAAUUUGGUAUCACACCUGUCGCACUAUGCACUGUUGAAUUUAAAUCAUCUUCAAUCUUUGGUAGGAUAUUCACCCAAUUUUUCUCCUUAUCACUCGUGAGGGUCGCUCUUAACAAGUUAAAUAUUGUUCGCAUUAAUCGCUCCACUUGCCCGUUUCCACGAGGCAUAUCUGUUGCAAUUAGAUGCAACUCUACUUUUUGAUCUUCUAAAAACGCCUUAAAAGUUAAAGCAGUAAAUGCGGUCCCUCGGUCAGCUAUUACUCUUUUAGGUUUACCCAGUUUGGCAAAAACUUCCGCUAAUGCUUUAAUUGACGCCUCAGCUGUCUUUUUGGCAAUUGGCUUUAAGCAGCAAUACUUUGAAAAAGCAUCGGUUAUCACUAAUAUCUGUGUACAACCAUGUGAUUUCACUAGAGGACCUGCAUGAUCUAUAUGCCAGGUAUCUAAAAUAUCUGGUUUUCUAGAGUUCUGCCACAAUCCUGCUCUACGCCCUGUACGUGAUUUUCCCAAUACACAACCACGACAGUUUUGAAUGUAUUUUUUAAAACAUUUACCCAUGUGUGGCCAAAACAAUUUCUCUUUUAAUUUUGCAAUCCCUUUUUCCCAACCAAUGUGUGCCGCUUCGUCAUGAAAUAAACACAUUGUUUGUAAACGAGCCUCAAUGGGAACGAAAUAUCGAGUCGGACUUUGUUUACAAACAACCAUAUUAUUUAUCACUGUAAACUGGGUCUGCUCCUUAUCAGUACCGUUUAUUAUGCCUUGUCAAAAUGAAUCAUCCUUUUGAUAUUCAGCCAAAGUUUUAUCUGUGGUCAUGGCUAUGUUAUCGUUCUUUUUCUUUCGGAGUAAACAGGUGUUCUCUGCCGGUUUCUUCUGCUUAGAUAAUCGACGUGAGCCAUUUUAUGACCAAGCCUAUACUCGAUACUAAAAUAAUCUUGCAACUUGAUCCACCAACGUGCUACUCUGGGAUGUAGUGUUUUCUUUAUUGCCGUGGCUCUGACAGAAUUAAAAUCUGUGUAUAUUGUGAAAUGCGUGCCGUACAAAUAUACUCGAAAAUGUUCGACGGCAUUCACAAUUGCUAGCGUUUCUAAAUCAUAAGAAUGAUAUUUUGCUUCGUAUGGAGUAGUACGCCGAGUAUAGUAAGCUACUGGUCUGAUGAUGUCAUUUUCGCUUUGCAGCAAGGCCGCUCCAAUGCCGACCGCACUUGCGUCUGUGUUUAACUCAAUAUCUAGGCUCGGGUCGAAAAUUCUCAGAAUCGGUGUUGGCUAAUUUAGUGAUAAUGGAUUGUCGUUUUUUUUUUCUGUUCAGCAGUCCAAGCAAAUUCGGUGUUUUUACGUAAUAACAUGCUGAUAGCAGAUGUUAUUAUUGAGAAUCCUUUUAUGGAUCGGCUGAAAUAUCCCGCUAAACCCAUGAAUUGACGAACAUAGUUAUAGUUACUGUAAGAGCCUCCACUUUUCUGGGACUUGGUCGUACACAUCCUUGACCUACAAUAACACACAAAUAUUCAGUCUCUCUGGUAAAAAACGUAUACUUUGCAUAAUUUAAAGAGAAUCCGGCGACUGAUAAAGCUUGCAAAGUAUUGCGUAAAUGUUGGAAUCCUUGUUCGAUUGUUUUUGAUGGCACUAAUACAUCAUCCAUGUACACAAAGGCUUGUUUUCCCUUUAGGUCACCCAAAGCCUUAUCAAUUGCCCUUUGAUAGGCCGCAGGAGAGUUAAUAAAUCCAAACGGCAUUCUAUUGUAUUCAAAAUGGCCGUCAGGAGUUACAAAAGCUGUUAUAUGUCGUGAGGAUUCCUCAACUUUCAUUUGAUGAAACCCGGCCUUUCAUGUCUAGAGUAGUGUAAAAAUUAGCGCCACAAAGAGCAUCUAUUUGAUCUUGUAUAUUAGGGAGUGGGUACCUGUUUUUAACGACUUUCUUGUUAAUGUCUCGAUAGUCAACGCAAAGCCUUAGCUCACCAUUUUUCUUUCUAACUAAUACAAUGGGACUGGCGUAAGAUGAGAAACUCUCACGAAUGAUGUUAUUAUGCAACAAGUCUUGAACAAUUUUUUGCACUUGUAAUCUUUCUGCCUAAGCCAAUCGUCUUGGCUUAUAAGCAACGGGAAUAUCAUCUUUAAGCGUAAUACUAAGUUCACCUGUUUCUAUGUGGUCUGGAGUAUUUGCCCGGCUUUCUGUUAGCAUUUGUUGUAACAUUUCUUGUUUUUGCUCGUCCAAUCCUGACACUUGUGUCAGACACAUAAUUGGUGGUAAAUCGACCUUCCGUUGCACUGACAUCACCUUUGGCACAGACAUAACAUCAUGGUGAAAUUCCAAGACAUUAUUUUUCUUUUCAACCCGCAAGUGCGGCAAACCAAUAAUAUCCCAUCCUAUUAGCGCAUCUAGACCAUUCGGCAACACAGCAUCCGGCACGAUAGCGUAACAUAUUUCGAGUGUUAUGGUUGGCAUCGAUACGAUGACAUCACACUUUCCAAGGCUUUUUACACUGCGAAGUUCUAGUCCCUCAAAUAUGCGAUUGUCGUUAGUUAUUUUUGCAUUUACUUGUUGAGCUACUCGAGCACUAAUUAAUGAUGACCGCCGCUGGCGAUAAAUAUUUUAUGGUUUGCGCCUGGUUACCUUCAAGCAAAGUUGCUAUUGGAGAAGUUGCUAGUCCACGCCCUAUUCUGACUAGCAUCGCCUCACUAACCUUGCUAUUUUUUCGCCAACACGACUCUUCUUUAUGGCCCUUUUUAUUACAAUAUCCGCACCCAUCAAUUUUUGUCCAGGAAUCCUUUUUAAUCUCAAAUUGCAUCGGUUUACUUUUUGGGGCACUUCGGCAGGCGGUUUGUCGGUGACCUUUUUCUCCACAUUUAUAACAAUUGCCUUCAAAUUCUCUUUUUUUGCUGGGAAGGUCGUCUGUUUAAAGAGCUGCCUUGCGAAUAUUGCUUGGGCCCUGCCUUCUGAGAUGCCUCUAAGUAGCGAUUAGUACGGGAGGCGCCAUGUUUUUGGGCUUUAGCAUCACAUUCACCGAACAACUUCAAUAACUCCCGUUCGGUCGACGGACGUUGGAGGCCUAUAAACGUUUGCACCUCGGCAUCGUUAAGCCCGUGUUCCACAAUACUUAAAAUUUUAAGCCAAUCCGUAUUGCUGUCGUAUAUUCGGAUGCUUCUUAUUUUUGCUACUCCAUAUUCCGUAAAAGUAUGAAAUUCACGACUUUGCAUAGUAGCGGCUCGAUGCACUAAGGUACCAGGAGUAUCGCGGUCCGGUAAACCCACUAUAAUAUCCUCACCAAAAUUGUCCCAUGUACGACUUGCGGUUCGCCACUCGCGAAAAUAUCGAUAAGCCCGACCGCAAAGAGCUUCGCCGGCUUUUGCAAUCAUUAGACUGUCAUUUAUGCCCAUGUCUGUUUUUAAAGUCGUAGCAUCUUUUAGCCAAUCCGUAAUGCUAUAAGUACUACUAUCUGGGUCAAACUCUACAAGCCUAAAUGACGUGUCUAUAUUUACGCGUCGCGAACUUAGCGCAUUAACUUGAUAUCCGCUAGAGGUCGCCGUCGAACUAGGCGUUGUCCCGUUCACGUCACCGACCGCUCGCGCUUGUCUUAGCUCAGCAAUAAAUGCAUUUUGGCUUCCAAUCAUAGCUGCUAAAAGUUCAGGCAAAUCAAUAUUUGUUCGCUCAUUCGAAUGUCCUUUUGGUGUGUGAGACCCACUAUCACUGUCACUACUGUCUAAAUCAUUGCACCGUUUACGCGACGUUCCCGCCAUUUUUCGAGCAAUUAAGAUAAAAAUCAAAUAAAAUUAAAAGAGAGAAAAAAAAAAUUGUCCUAGAGCCACUGGUGGGCUUUAAAGGGCUGAAUCCCACUUCUGAUGUUAGCGUUUAUUUAAAAAAAACACAAAAUUUAUACAAAAAAAACUAGAUUCUAUUCGUUCUCCGGAUUAUAAAAGAAAUACAGAUUAUGCAAGAAACCGCGCGCUCUCGCAAAGAAAAGAAGACUGUUGUUUUCCUUCCAGCACCCGUUUCUCUACCUAUUCCCCACCAUCGAUCGUAAAUUGGCCGAAUGGCGACGGAGUGGUUCGAUGUCGCAGUCGGCCACAAGGACGACGAUCGCCAAAAAUAGCUGAUGGUGCUGAAUAUUCUUUAUCGCUAACGUAUAUAUUAAUUUUAAUACACAACAAAUAUAGCCUAAACCUAAUACUUUGUGAAAAUACGCAUUAUUUUUCAAUUUUCCUGCACCGGCAUUGACCAUAUUAAUUUGGUUAUCAUAUUCUCAUCUAGAGUAAAACACGGCUAGUUACGGGCACUGAAUAAUUCAUGCUCAGGGCCGAGCUUAGAGUUUUGCAAGAACCAACAGUUUUGGAAAGAUUAUAUAAGAAAACAUCGCAAAUUAGUGAUAAAUAUUAAUAAAAAUACAAUUUUGAACAUUUAAAUUAUAAAAAUAUAUUUAUUAAGUCAACGAAUAGAUACAUACUUACCUAUAAUAUAAAUAUGAGCUUAUUACCACACAUUAUGUACAUAAAUAUAAUUUAUUACAAUAAUAUUUAUAUAAUUUGGUAUAACCAAAAUACAAAAAAUCUACAUAGUUAUUUUAAGAAAAAUAAACUAAAAUAAAGAAAAAAGAAAUACCAACACUUGGUCACACGUCUAAAUACUAAAAUCGACUUUUCUUGCAUUUUUAAGAGUAAAUUCCCUAACUAGGUUAGUCACAUCUAAAUUAAAACAAAUAUCUUCCUCGACAUUUAUUAUGGCUAAAUUUAUUACUUUUUUCUUGUAAAUAAUAAAUACGUUAAAUAUUGUAACGUCUAGUAAAUGAAAAAUGAUUUUCUUAUACCACCUUAUUGUUUUUCGUGGGCAUGAGUAGUAAGAUACAAGCUGAUCCAGUCUAUCAACACCAGACAUAUAUUUGUUAUAUUCUGCUACUUCAACUGGUUUUAAUUUCACCUUAAAAAAAUAUAUAAUUAUUAUUAGUGUACCUAUUUUAGAAAAACAAAAAAUUUACCUUGCCAAAGCGAUUUGAGACUUCAAUUAAUUUGGGAUGAUACUUGGUGGUUAAAAGUAAGACAUCCCUGUUGUCUCUCCAUUUAGAGACGUAUACACCUCGACGUCUUCUCCAUAUGUAUUCCCCCUUUUUCAACUUUUUCAAAGUCACAACUUUUGGAUUGCCUUUCCUAUUGCUCCUGAGGGUCCCUGUUGUGUGAGUUUUGUGUUUAAGAGGUUUUCUGAGAGCUUUGCACUAUUAUAAAAAUUAUCCAUCACCAGAUGGUGUCCUCUAUUGAGAUAUGGACUCAUUAGUCGCAAAACAAGCGAAUCCACUUGAUUCCGCUUCAAUUUUUUCACUUUUUCCUUUGUAUAUUUCUAUAUUAAAUAGGUACCCAUUUGGCGCACAUAACUUAAAAAAUUUUAUUCCAUAUCUUGCUCUUUCAUUUUUUAUGUACUGUCUGAAACUAAGCCUUCCUCGAAAAAGCAGUAGUGACUCAUCUAAACUUAAGUGUUCCUCAGGGCUAUAGGCAUUUUGGAAGUUCUGAAUAAUAAUGUUCAGAAGAGGUUGUACCUUGUACAGUUUAUCUUGACCUACAUUUUCGUCACAACAUAGGUAUCUUAGAAUUUGCUCAUAUCUUCUUCCACACAUAAAGUGAGAAAAUAUAGGGUGAUAGUAUAAGGGAUCCACUGAAAAGACCUUCCUUAGCUCGGGAUAUCGUAUUUGGGCUCUAAGAAGGGUCACAGCUAUAAAAAUAUCAAAUUCCCUUGGCUCAAUUGAAACAAAUUUGGAUGACCUGGAAUUUUUUUUGUGUGGUCGAGAAGUUCUGGACAUGGUCUCACCAUAUUUAUUAGAGCAAUUUAUUAUUAAAUUUUUGAUUUCAGCUGUCCAAAGCAUUUGAAAUACUUCAAGGGAACUCAUAUCAUCAGCAAUGUCAAUUUUUUUUCCCGCUGCAUCAUGAUCAAAGUUAAAAUUGGGGAUAUCUUACACAAAUUCAACCCAUUCAUCUAAAAAAAAUACAAACAUGCAAUAAACAAAGAAAAGUUCUCAACUCAUUUUCUGUGUCAAUAUAUUCACAAUUGGUAUCUGUUUCAAUAUUUUCUUUCUCUGACUUCUCAAUUUCCGAACUGCUGCUUAAAUCACUAUCUCUGGGUUGAUAAGUAGGGUCAUUUAUAUCAAAUUCACCGUCUCUGUCUACAAAAGGGUCCGACCUUUCCGUGUCCGUAGAAUCACUCUCACAAUAUUCAUCACUAGACACUUCAUCAUAAAGUUUUAACAAUCUCUGUUGUUCUUUAGAAUCCAUUACUAAUUAUGCAGAUCACAAAAACAAAAACACGUGCUACCUCUGGGACAGUUACGAUACAACUGGGUAGUAAACAAUGAGACGGUUACUGCUAUAGCAGUAAGAGCGCCAAAAUUACUCCCCACUCAACUAACAAACAGCUUGCCUAUGCAAACUAGUUUCUCCUACUAGUAGGACAGUGCCCCAAAUUUAAAAGAGUUGCGGUGGGACAGUAUUAGUUGAACUACAGUAAAUCUAUAUUCAAAUUCCUACUGCUAUGGCAGAAGUGAAUUUUCAUACGCGAUUUAUUUUACUGCCAUAGCAGUAGGUGUCCCAUGGCGUGAAUUUUAGAAUACUUCUAUGGCAGUAACGUCCAUCAACGUGUUAACCUAAGCACUUCUUUUAAAAGAAUGUUCCAUCGAUAUGUUGAUGCAGAAAAAAAGAUAGAUUAGUUCCUGAAUAAUACUGAAAAAAUUGGUCACUUCAAGCAAGCCUCUUGCUGUAUCAUUCACGACUAAAUUAAUGCUGUAUGCCGCACAAGGGACAAAAAACGCUCUAGGAUUAACAUCUAUAAGAUUUUUUUGUAGGCCAUUAUGUUUGCCUUUCAUAUUGUCAUAACCCUGGCCUCGCAUAUCGGCAAUAUUAAUAUAAGAUUCCUUUAAAAAAAUUUAAUAUGAAAUCAGUUAAGCCUUGUUCAGUAGUGUUGGUAACUUAAAACUUGGUAACUAAAAAAUGUUCUCGAAUCUCUACAGUUUUAGAAAAAUCAUCAACAAAAACAAAUCUAACAAUAAUUGUGAUUUGUUCUUGAUGACUAAUGUCAGGUGUGCAAUCAAGGAUAAUUGAAAAAUAUUUGCACAUUUUUAAGGAUUUAAUUAUAUAUUUUUUAAAUUGUUUCACCUACUAAGGUAAUUAUUUCAUUUUGGAUUUUAUCACCCAAAUAAUGUGGCUUUUUUGCCACCUUUUUGAAUCCUGUUGUUAUAGUCAGCCAUUAUACUUUCGAAUCUUGCAAUUAUUUCAAUUAAUUUCAUAAAAUUGCUAUUACCUUUUUCGAAUAGUUUUUAACUAUUGACCCUAAGAGCUGAAUUUUGUCAAGCCAAAAAUUGAAUCACAAAAAUAAUUCGUUCUAAAACAGAUGUCCAUCUUUUUUUUUUUGAAUAAAAAAAUUUGAAAUAAAUUCUGAUUCAUAUAAUCGACAGUUAAACCUUUUUAAAUUGAAUAUUUUUAAUUGAAAUUUCUUAAUACUUUCUAAAUGCCUCUUACUAGUUUAGUGUCUUUCUAAAGCCCGAGAUAAGUGUUGCCAGUCUCUAAAACCAUUAUUAUCGCUAAAACUAUUAGAAGAAACUUCAAAUAAUUUGUAGGAAAAGCAGUAAGGGAGACCGAGGAUACAUGGGACAAAUUUGAUUAAAUGAUCUCUAACUUUUUUUCGAAGAAAUCUCUAUCCAUAAGGUUUUAUUAAUGUAAUAAACAAACUUUUGUCAUAAUAUAUUACUACAUAGCAUUAUCCAAAUAAAUUUAAAAAUAUUUUUAAACCGGGAUCAAAAAUGUUUGGUCAUUUGUCCAAUGUAUCCCCUGCUCUGGGGUAAUAAUGGACAUGAUAUGGGGAUAUUUUGGACAUUCAUUUACUAAUAAAGACAAAAAGUCUUAGAGUAAAUAUUUAUGUAGGAAGCAACAAAUUUUCAACUUUUAUUUAAGUUAAACUAAAUUCUGUCAAAUCUGCGUUGAAAUAAAUCGAAUCUUUGAAACGAGGACGCAUGUCUUCAAUACCUUUUGGAAGCACAGCUUUUACUUCUCCGAAUGUUACAAAAGAAGAUUCUUCUUCUGUAAUUUUGAAGCGAUUUGAUGGAAUCAUUCUUUUAAAAAAUCGAACCUGAAAUCCGUCGAAAAGUUUUCGUUCUACCCGAGCAACAUAAUUUCUUCCAGAAAAUGGUGUUUUUCCCGGAACUUUGACAACAAUGAAACCGUCUUUUUCUACAUCGUGGGUAUCCUGAACUGUCUCUUCUUCUUCCUCCCACUCUGAGGAGGAAUCUUUUGUUAGUUCUUCAUUUAUCUCUUCAUCACUAGAGUCACUUUCUACUAGAACUUUUCUCUUAAUCUCCUUAACCUUUUUUGGAGGAGGCUACUUUCUUGCCAAUAAUUCUUCUUUUUCUGGAGUGUCAGUAACUAUCAUACAUUUUCCUCGUUUUCUUCCUUUUCUCAUAGGUUUUCGGGGUUCCGCCUUUGGAUAAGGACUUAUUUUGUCUGGUGUAAUAAAGUUAGAUAUAUUUAAAGGACUUUUAGCAGUCCCAGUAACGCUAGUGCUAGGAAUUGAGGUUUCAUCGGCAGCGCGAUUUCCGUCAGUGGCUGGAAUUAGGUUUUCAUCUAGGUUUUCUGUUUCGGCGAAAAUACAGCUUCCACCAGAUUGAUUGGUAAUGACAUCUGGAGCAGGUCGAUUUGAAACUGACGAACACAAAAACUCGUGUUCUUGAAAUAUGUCCCGAUCAAAAGAAAAAAUUCCACUUUUACGAAAACCAGACUUUAUAUUUUCUGGUGUAGCAGCACGAUCCUAAGUCUUUGAGCAUAGCUCCGCAAGUGAGUAAAUAGAAAGAGUUUCAUUUAUGAAUUAUUAUUAAAUAUAAAGCAUACUCAACAAACGUAUUAUUCCACACAUUUGUCCAUGACUAUAUACUAUUUUUUGGCCGUAGUACAUUGUGUCCUAAAGCCUAUCCUAAAGUACCUGCGGUUUACGAAAAUCUCUUAAGUUACUGGAAAACUUUAAUCGAGACCGAAGUGAAAGAAACACUGAAUUUUGACUCGAACUUUGAGAGAACCUUAUUAAGUUGUCAGAUCUUGAUUUAAAGUACUUAAUUUUUAUUAACUUAUUUCGCUUUUUUAUUAUUUGUUGUAAAAUUUUUUAUAUACUUUUUUAUAUUAUAUUACAGAGCUUUAUUUUUAUAUUUUCUUUGUUAUAACAUAAUUCGAAUAUUUUUUAUCGCUUAGCUUACCAAUACUCAUUUUCUAUUGAUGUGAGAUUAUUAUUUAGCACUAAGAAUAAAUUAGGUUAAGAUUUUCUAUUUCAUACUUCCAAUGUAGGAGUUAUUUUAACACUGCGGUAGUUUUUAGGAAUAAACGAUGCAAUUAUAAAAUAUAUUUGGGGCCCUAAUUAUGUUUUUGGGUCGCUAGACUUUUUAACAAAUGACGUCAUAUUCUAAAUAUUUUAGACACAAUUAUAUACAGAGUGACUGAGAGAAGCAGAUUAAACGAAAAGAACAUUGCGCAUCUAGAUAUUUUAAAAUAUUAUUGUCUAAAACAUCCUGUACAGAGGGUGCCAAAAUUGAGAUCUUUGAGACCGAAAAAAAAUCAAAUUAGGUUAAAUGAUUGUGAUGACUGUCGUAAUUGGAUGCUUAUUUACUUAAAUGCUGUUAAAAACUUCCAAUCUUUUCUAGAAAAAUCUGAAAAUGUAAGAAUUUUCUUUAAGAAUACUUUAUUUUAAGCACAAAAACAAAACUAAGCUCAAAACAAUGUUCCAUAAGAUAUAUUUUUUCAAUGCUAGGCACAGUAAAAAAAAAGAAGAAAAAAUCCCUUUUCUUUAAAAAACAAAUUAACAAAAAAAUGUAAAUGGGCCCCCUUAGGCAACCCGUCGUUCAAGAGUGCGUUUAAGAUGCGGCUGACAGUAUGCACUGUUUAGUAGCCACAUAAGUCGCACAAAAAAAGGGCUCGAUCUUUAAUGUAGGUGCAUUCCGAACAAAAGACCCAGUAAUCUCCAUUUUCACCCAUGUAGCAGCUACCCUAGCUGCUACUUACUUCAACUGAACUGGCUACUUUCUUCUUUCCUUUCACUCUUUGUUGCUUUUCUUCAACUUUUGUCUUCUUACUGGUAGGUUUUUUACUUUUGUCACGUAACUUUUUGUUUCUUCUUCAAUAAUUCAUAUUUUUAUGUAGACUCCGUCAUAAGUUCAGGUUUCUGAGAGUGUUUUUUUUUUCAUUUCUGAGUUUUAGGUAAUGGGUAAAUUUGCAAUACAGAAACAAUAUUUGAAUAACUUGUUGGGAGCUUUGGGCUGUCUGUCAAAAACCUUACACUAGGAGCUGUUGAGGGUUUUGAUUUAGUCAUCAGAACAUUGAAACAAGUGCUUCUUGAAGUAUCUAGCUGUUUUUCACUUUCACUGCUAUUUUUGCUUUUGAAUAACUUUUCUCAACUAACUGUAGAGGUUAUGUUAUCAAAACCCUGUCUAUAAUUUCUGAAGGUCUAAAAUCAUCAUCAGUAUAUGGAAAAAACCCCGUGCUUUUAAAUCCGUUUUGAGCUAUAGAAAUUGACGCUACUCUUAAAUAAAGUUGGAAAAUGAAAUCAGUUCAAGAAACGCCAUCUUUAAAUUUUGAAAACAUAGGCCGACUUGUUCCCCAUUAAAUCCCAAGCCUCUUCCUACGUUGUGCACUUUCCUGAAGAGGGCAAAGACAGGUCGUUUCUUUUACAAAAUGCAUACACCCGAUUUUUACCUGCCAUAUUUUUCUCUUAGAUAAAACAAAGUCGGUCACAACUCUACCACCAAUAUCAAGGGCAUCAGGUACACAAUUAGCUGGAUUCAAUUUCCCUGCCUUUUCCCCCAAAGAUGUGCAUAUCUAGAGGAAUGUCUUGAGGUGUGGUCAUUACGAAUACUUUCAAUCCUACAGGGUGUGGCUUACCCCUCACAAAUUCUCAUUCUAACCUUGCCGUGGAAGGCAAUCAUUGGUUCAUCUAUGGAAAGUGGGGGCUAUAGAAAUAGUUUGUACUUGUAAUUUUAUUAAAUUAUUUAAAUAGCAUUUUGAUAAGCAUCAGAAUUGCGCAACAAUUGCCAUAAUUUAACGAUUUUCGAGAUCCCAUUGAUUACUCUCGAAUUUGGGACAUCCUCUACGCAACUCCAACUGGGAGGCACUCUGUAUAUAAAAAAAUGCCUUAAUUCCUAAAAGUUAUUAAUAUUGUGGUUGUGUAUAAGUAUCGACCAAAAACGUCGAUUUAGAAUAGAAUUUUCAAGAAAUUCUGAAAGUCAAAUGCAGCAUAAGAGUUGCCAUUGUUGUAGUGCACUAUUGUAAUUAAAAUUACAUAAUUCAAAUUUUGUCCCGGAAAAAGAUGUAAAUUCAAUCUUUUUUAGGACAAAAUCUAUUUUCUGUGGCAAAUAAAUAAUGAAACUUUUACCAUUUAAAUAAGUGCCAAGAUAUGCCAGUCUCCAGAAUGAUUUACAAAUAUAAACUAGUUCUAGGGACUGGACCGAGACUGGAUGUCUAUAGUAGAAAUAAAUUCCAUUUUUGUCGAAUAUAACUGGAGAUUUAAAAGAAAUAUACGCUUCACUUGUUAGUUAAUAAUGAUACAUUUUAAUUACACAAAAAGUGGCCUAAAUAUUAAAUGUAUUUGAAGAUCUUUUUUAUAUAAUAAAUAAAAAAAUAAUAUUGUUGUGA